GGAACAGGAAGUGGCUUCCUGUUCGUGUCGCUGCUGACGUUGAAGCUGACGAUGGCGUCCACAGAGCAGUCAGAUAAAGAAACCCGCGAGAAGCUGUCACAGUGGGACUGCCGCCCGGACGCCAUGGCUCCGCUUACGGAGAAGCAAACGGACUCUGUGUUGGAGAUACGAACCGCUGCUGAGGCGCUUGCUAUCCCCUCAGAGUUACCCAUCGAGGACCUGGGCAGUCUGUCAUCUCGCUCUCUCCAGCCGCCUUUCACCGCCACUGUGCCCGAGUCAACGGAAGACGUCCUGCUCAAAGGUUUCCAGAUGCUCCACAUGGAGAACGACCGAGUAGAAACGGCACAGCAGUUCUUUGCCUGGUUUGCCAAGUUACAAGCCAACAUGGAUCAGGAUGAGAGUGCAAAGUACAGGCAAACCCGAGAUGAUCUCUUCUGCUACCAGGAACAUUGUGAUGCCAUUUUGAAAGAUGUUAGCGCAGCUCUGGAGCAGCUGGACUCCCUUCAAAAGCAGUACCUCUUUGUGUCCAACAAGACGGGCACGUUACAUGAGGCUUGCGAACAACUUUUAAAGGAACAAGCGGAGCUUGUCGACCUUGCAGAGAGCAUACAGCAGAAACUGUCAUAUUUCAAUGAGCUGGAACAUAUAAACACGAAACUCAACUCUCCAACCUUGUCUGUGAAUAGUGAAGGCUUUAUACCAAUGCUGUCUAAAUUAGAUGACUGUAUUGAUUAUGUUUCUUCACAUCCCAGCUUCAAAGACUACCCCAUUUAUCUGGCCAAGUUUAAACAGUGUCUUUCCAAAGCCAUGCAUUUCAUGAAGGUGCACAUUGUCAACACUAUGCAGAACCUCACAAGCGUCUUGACUAAAAGGGAUCCAAUGGGUUUGGCAAACGCUGAUAAUGCCUUUACACUUUACUACGUUAGAUUUAGAGCAGCUGCGCCCAAAGUUAGAUCUCUAAUAGAACAGAUAGAACAGCGAGCGGAAAAGAUUCCAGAAUACCAUCACCUGUUGGAUGAAAUCCAUCAGUGUUACCUUGACCAGAGAGAACAGCUUCUCAGUCCCAGCAUUACUUCCACCAUCACAGAUUUGACCCAGCAGAACAUUAAAGACCACUGCGCCCUGGUCCGCAGUGGCUGUGCCUUUAUGGUGCAUGUCUGCCAGGAUGAACAUCAGCUUUACAAUGAGUUCUUCGCCAAGUUCACGCCCAAACUAGAUGAGCUGCUGGAGAAGCUGUGUUUGUCUUUGUACGAUGUUCUGCGGCCUCUGAUCAUUCACAUCAUCCACCUGGAAACUCUGUCGGAGCUCUGUGGCAUCCUCAAGAACGAGAUGCUGGAGGACCAUGUUCACAACAAUGCCAGCCAACUGGGGGCAUUUGACUCCGUGGUGAAGCAGAUGCUGGAGGAUGUGCAGGAAAGGCUCGUCUACAGGACGCACAUUUACAUCCAGACAGACAUCACAGGCUACAACCCUGCCCCGGGGGAUCUGGCCUAUCCUGAAAAACUGGAGAUGAUGGAGAGAAUCGCUCAGAGUUUGAAGGAAGAGCAAAUGAAGCAAAUGUCCCAGGUGUCCGUCUUUUCGGAUGUUCAGCUUGAGGAUCCUGAUGGUAGAAAAAACAGCAAUGCUGGUCUUGCAGGGAAACCAGAGGCAUCCCGCCUGCAGUCGUCAGUCUCUCCCGCCGAUUUGCACGGAAUGUGGUACCCUACCGUCAGACGGACACUGGUCUGCUUGUCUAAGCUGUACAGAUGUAUAGACAAAGCUGUCUUCCAGGGUUUAUCUCAAGAAGCCUUAUCUGCUUGCAUCCAGUCCCUGCUGAGAGCUUCUGAUAGCAUCCUUAAGAACAAGACACAAAUAGAUGGGCAGCUUUUCCUGAUCAAGCACUUGCUGAUAAUGCGUGAACAGAUUGCUCCAUUUCACACUGAUUUCGCCAUCAAGGAAAUUUCGCUGGAUCUAAAGAAAACGCGAGACGCUGCCUUCAAAAUCCUGAACCCGAAGGCUGUUCCCAAAUUCUUCCGGCUUAACAGUCACAACGCCAUUCUCGAAUUCCUGUUGGAGGGAACCCCAGAGAUAAAGGAGCACUACAUCGACUCCAAGAAGGAUGUGGACCGACACCUGAAGUUCAGUUGCGAGCAGUUCAUUCAGCAGCAGACGCAGAUCUUCACGCGGAACCUUGAAGACUUUCUCACCAAGGUUGCAGCCCUCAAAACCAUGGCCAUCGAAGGCGGCCCAGCAUACACGCUGUCUCAGCAGCCAUGGGCUCAGCCUGCAAAGAUCAACGAUCUGGUGAUGGCAACCUACCGAGUGAUGAAGAACAAGCUGCCGAGCACACUGCAGAGCAUGUCCUUGUACUUGGCCAACAGAGACACAGAGUUCAUCCUUUUCAAGCCAGUGCGGAAUAAUAUACAGCAAGUAUUCCAAAGACUGCACACUUUACUCCAGGAGGAAUAUAGUGGAGAGGACCUUCAAAUCAUCGCAUGCCCGUCAAUGGAGCAGAUUAACCUGCUGCUGUCUGCGAAUAAGUAAUGACCUGAACGCCUUCUGGCUUGUGAUUUCGCACAUCCAGCUGUGGUAUUGAGAGGACGACACGAGUCGCGCUCAGAGCUGAGAUGGCCGAAAAAAAAGCCAAAGUUUUCAACACACAGCAGUCGGGAGUUUGCUGAGCCGUCCAUUAUGAAGUCAAGAUCUCUCCCUUUUAGCUUUGUUUAAAACAUGGAGGCGUAAAAAAAUCUCAUCCUGCACUAUGGCUGUGUCUCACUUAACAGCAAAAUGGUUGAGGAUAAAGCAUACUAACAUGAUGUGAUGGUGUGGGGCUAGCGGGAUAAAAUCUGUUGGAGUGCUCAGAGAAGGACUCUUGGGCUGUGUGAAUGGAGGAACUGGAGGACCGUUCAUCAGCCAUUUAGCUCACAGGCCAGUAACGCGACUCGCUUUCCGAUUCCCUCAAUGACCAUUGGGAAGGAUAACAAGAGAAAAAUGCUGCAAAACCUUUUUUUUUGUUGCAUUUUAGCACAGAUGUUAUUUUUAACAUGUGCUCAGGUGUGUGGUCAUGGUAAAUUCUGUACAGGUUCCACAAAACUGUUGCAAUUAUGUAAAAAGGACAAAUUAUAUGUUUUAUAGCUUUUUUUUAUACCUUGGUUACAAAUCAAAUGCUUUUCAUUCUAAAUCACAGGUUCUUCACCUUCAGGUUUGCACUGUUCAUGGGAAACCAUGUAUGCCGCUAAAAUGACGUGUACAGUUAUACUAUUUAUGAACAUUGGGAUUAAAACAUUCCUCAUCAGGUUUGAUGAGUGGCUGAGAAGAAUGUGAGAUUCAAAUUGUGAUUUUUGUGACUAGUGCUGUGAUUCUUCUCAUACUAAUGAGAACCUGCCCUUUAGGGAGUCUCCCUGUCAGACACGCUGUUGCCAUCUUUACACCUGAGCCGUGACCUUCUGCGAACUAACAGUCUUGUUCCAUGCGGAGGGACCGGCCGGGUGUUCCAAAGCGGGACGUCGAUCUUGACGCGAUUCUGCUGCAGAUUUCCCACCAAAGGAUAUCAGGUCUUUGCACUGGCACACUUUUCAUUGAGUCGACACACUGACACCAUGUCGCAAGUAAAUGAUUUGUCAUGCUCCCUACAUAGUUGUUACCCCUACAACAGACUUACUUUGUAAAUGUAAAGCCAUGGAUACUGACAGAGGCAAGCAUUGCAAGUGGUAGUCUAGUGGUUCACAUAGCGGAAUUUGGUGUAGCUGGUAUUGGAGCAACUCCAACUGCAGGUGACCUGUUCAGUGUGGAUUCUGUUUUUUGUCUUAAUACAAGCGGUACGUAAAAUGGAUAGAUGCAUAUAAAAAGCCUUUAUUCAGUCCGACCAGGAUUUUGUUGGCUUUUUUAUUUUAUUGUUGCAGCCUAAAAUGACUGAAUUUAUGGCAGCUUUUCAGAAAGUUGACAAAAGUUGCUAUGUUUUGGGGCUUAUUUUUUCAUCAAAAUUGAAUCAACCUGUGUUUGUAUGAAUGUGUUGUCAAUGAUUUAAGUGUUCCUCAAAAAGCAUUGAUAUGUUACUUGUUUUAUACUGUACCACACAGAUUUAAUAGACACUAGAUGACGGCACAUACAAAUAACUGUACUGUGUUUAGUAAUCAUAACUAAUAAUCGUAAAAAAAAUUAUAGAAGUAAACUCCACUGAAGGCUU